AGAUUUUAAGGACAUUGAAGAUGGGCUUAACUAGAUUUGGGUAAAAGUGUUACAGAAAAAAUGUUCUAAAAACACAAGAAUUAAGAAAAACCAAAAAUAAAUAUCCCAAAAUUAUCCUAAACAGCUCCUCUACCCCCUUCUUAAAACUUCGCACCCCACCACAACUCCAAAGUGCUGAAUGGCCAUUGUGACCAUGCACAACACUUUCGAUAAUCGAUUACCAAAGCAUUGUACAUACUUCCGGCAUUAAUGGCUACGCUUGCAAAAACAAUCGCUAAUCGACGGUGCUGCGCUGCUACGCGAACCUCUACAUACAUACAAAUACAUAUGUAUAAUUUUGUUUUUGUGUUUUUCUUACGUUUUUCGCUUUGCUUUGCAAACUUUGAAUUGAGCGCCGCAAGACGAAAACAAAAUUACAUUGACGCAUUUCCAGUCUGUUUCCAUUCUGUUUUGUUUUCGAUGAAUUAAAAGCGUAAACCCGGCGCAACACCGACCCGUUAGAAGGCCAACGAGCGAGCGUGUGAGCUGCAACCCGCAACACGUCAAGCGCAAGCAUAGCGUGACGUGAGGCGUGAGACACGACAGACAGCAGGCUGGUUGAAACGCUUCAAGUAGCGCGCAUGCGUUGGGAGAGCGCGCGCAAGUGAGCGUGAGUGAAGAGUGAGCGUACGCGCCGCUAUAGAUAGCAGAUAGAUGCGCGCCGAAGGACCCUUACGUAGAGUUUACGUUACGUUUUUUACUAUGUAGGCGUAUGUGCGAACGACAGUGGCGGCCAUGAGCGUGAAUGUCUGCUCGUCUGCCGACGAAGGUGUGCUAGCGCGGGUGGUUGUUUUCGUUGUAUUGGUGCGCGCGUAUGUGUGUGUGCAUUGUAUAGUACGCGCGCGCGCGCCUAUAAAUCGGCAACGUUUCGCUACCAUAGACACAUAAACGUAGCAAAAAUACACACACACACACACAUACCUUCAUACUCAGACGGGAUGCUUGCUGGCUUGCAUGCGAGCGCCGCGUUGCAUAGUUUUUCCAAUUAGUUUGAGAAAGGUGCUUGCCGGCGACAGGCGUUAAGGCAAAGGCGUGCGUGCGUGUUUGUUGAUAUCUGUUGUAUAUGUGUGUGCAUUGAGUUAAGUGUCUACUGGUUAUGCUAUUUAUACAUAUACCAGACGACGACGGGCAUGAAAAAUAAAUUUAACAUUUUUUGCGAAAACAACAACAAUAACUAUUUUGUGAAAAAGCGGUAGCUAAUGCGGGCGCUACCGUCGCUGCCGCGUCAAUUGUAAUUUGUGUGCACUCAUGUAAAAGAGUACAAUAAAUUUCGGUGAAAAAUAUAUUUGAAGUGAAAAUUUAGUGCUUUUGCUAUACUCCAACAACAACAACGUGAAAAAAUCGCCCGUUAAAUUUGCAUGUGUAUAUUUAUUUUAUUGGCUUCCGCGUUGCAAAAAGAAACGCACUUGAGAAAUGCGUUUGGUAGGAAUCGUCGUUAGUCGCCUGUCGUUGUCGUGCACGUCGUAGAAAUAAAAUCGAUAUUUCCUUGCUGUAUCUUACGGCGAAAGGUGCGCGCAGCAGCAGCGACGACGACAAGCGCUGCAGACGCGGCGUUGGCAGCGACGCGCUAAGGUUCCCUACCGCUCCACACACACAUGCAAAUAACAACAAUUAAGCGUAUAACGGUAUAAGCAACGUCAAAACGCUGGCGCUAACGACACGCUGCCGGCGCUAACGCUAGCGCCUACGUUGGUGCUGUUGAUUGUACAUUUACAACAACUACAAAGCUGUAUAUGCAACACCAACUAGCAAUAUUUCUGCCACAAUGGCGUUGCCGAAGACGACGUCGUUCUUGACUGCUGCGCAUUCGUCGUUGUUGACGCGUCCGUGUCUCGUUGCUUCGUGCCGCUCGGCUAUAAACACAAUCACGACCAAUACUAGCAACAACACAACAUCACCAACGACUACAACAAGUAAUACUACAGCUACUACUACUAUGCUAGCAUAUAGUACAUGCGCACCGUUGUUAUUGUUGUUGUUGUAUUUAUCAUUAUUGUUGCCAUCGUCUGCCGUAAAAAAUAUAAACGUGACUCGUGCGACAUUGAUGUUGGCGACGCCAACAGCAGCAGCAGCGGCGGCGGCAUUUUGAACAGCGGCAGCCUACAUACAUGUGUGUAUGAAAAGUCUCAUAAAGCUAGCGAGCCAGUUAGCGGUCAGCGGAUAGUGUGUGCGCGUUCAAAAAAAGAAGCAAAAACAAAAAAAAAAACUAAAUAGAGUGCGGUUCAGCAAGCAGCGUUUAAAGCGCUUAAUUUAAUAAAAAAAAAGUUUAACGCGGCGCUUAGCUUAAAGCCGCAACGCGUUAGCGCCUCGUACGCGCCGCAGCAGUCAUCAUACGCAAAAAAAUAGAAAAACACUGAGUUUGUAUUGUGUUAAAAAUAAUAAUGAUAAAGUUUGUUAGGCAAAAGAGUCGCGAGCAUUCAGUUAAAGCAUCAAAAAGUUUUUUCAAGAAAAAGGGCGAGUCGAAUGAUUCCGGUACCGAAUCUGAUGGUGACGUCCUAGAUGUUGACAAGCAUCACCCUUUAGACUUGGACAUGGAAACCAGCUUAAGCUCCUGCGCCGAUGUGAAUUCGCCAACAACAGACACCGCCUGCUCUUCGUCAGCGUCUUCUGCGAUGAUGUGUCAAUCCCACCUUUUAUACGAUCAACACAGCUCCGAAGAGGAACUGGAAGUGAUCAAUGGCCCAUCAUCGGUAGCGGCCGCCGAAGCGGCAUCCAAUGUAUUGGUGGUGCGCGGCACCACCUCAUCACUCAUAUCGGAGCGUGGCUCGUCGUCGUUGGAGCCCGAAGAGCUAUUCGGCGAAGCAUCGACAUCGAAACGUUCCAGCUCAACAUUGGUUGAGAAUCGCAAAAGAUCUCUGGCGCAUAGCUCCGAUGAUGACCUGAGAAACUUCUUGGAACCAGUAUUGACACCAGUGAAUUUUCGCACGUCACCACCAUUGGAAGCUUUCAAGCCAAACCGCAGCCACAAAUAUCGCUCCACAACGCCACUGAUACUAUCGGAGGCGCGUUGCGGCAUCGAAAAUAUUAAAUUAUGUGAUAAUAGUGUUAAUGACGAGAAUGGAGAGGCUGCUGCUGGCGGUGCGUCGUCAUGUGCGGCGUCUGCUGCAUCUAGUGGCAAUGCCGCACAAGUCGCUGGCGGCAAUGGUGGUGGUGGCAGCGGCAACGGUAGUGAUCAGAGUUCAACGAGUGUGAUUAAGGUGUGCGCGUCAUCGCUGAAGAUGAGCAACAGCAGCCAUCAUAUCUAUCAGCCGCAACCCAAAUAUAAUUUCCACUAUAAUAGUUCGCGCAGUAGUCCCGCAUCAACGACCGGUCUCGAUGCGAUGGAGGUGCGCUCGGUUAGUCCACCGGCGAAACUCUUCCAUUCGGCUAGAUCACCACAUCGCCGACCGAUACGCACACAACACGCCACACAGAGGCUACAGCGACCACAUCGGCCGUGUUUAGAUUUUGAUAAAAUGCAGCAAGUAAGUCUCUAAUGCAGCGCCAAAUCAAAGACUUUUUACUUCUCACUAAUUACAAGUAAAUGUACCUAAAAGCUCGCAUUACCCAUAAACGAAAACCAUGAACAAAAACAAAGAAACGAAGCGAAGAACACACGAAUGGUAGAAUGAUGAUUAUUGAGAGAGAGAGGAGAGAGAAGGCCACAAAGAGAGGGAUAUAAUAAAAAAUUUCGCUUUGAAAGUGAGCAUGCUUUCGUUGAAAAUAAAAGUUUAUGGCGGUUUUGAUGGUAAAUAUGUAUGUAGGUUUUGUACAGCAAAAACAAAAAUAAAAAACAAAUAUACCGCAAAUUAAUUUUAUGUUAAAGAAAGAACCAAAAACAAAAAAACAAAAAAGAAAGCGAGAAAUGAGCGCAAAAAGUCAAUAACAAUGAAAGCUCAAUAAGAAUGAAAGUUCAGUUGUGGCCAUGUGAAAGCUCGCAGUUUUUUAAAGCUUCAGCAAAGCACAAUAUUUGACAGCGAAAUAAACAAACUGAAAGUAAGCCCCAAAAGCAAAAACAAUAACUAAAUUACAACAGCAACAAUAGCCCUAACUUAUACAAAGCCCCAUAAAUUACCGUAAAGAACAGACUUUUAGAAACAUAAAAUCAAAACCAACAACACUUUAAAUAAACAUUUACUUAUAUGUAUUCGAAAUUGUUCUUUGUAAGUUCGAAAAUUGUGGUCCCAGUUUUUUCGUUUAUAGAUUUUAGUAUAACGUUAUGUUUUAUUGCAUUUUCUGUCGAAACAUUAUUAUGUAUUAUGUACAAGUGUUACAAGUCUGUCAAUAACAUCACUCCAUUACUUCGAACCAAUUUGUUCGAAAAUAUGAUCUCGAUACUUUUUUUAGCAGGGUUGCCAAAUUGCAUAUAUUUAAAUUUAAAGACGAUUUUACUUGAGAUUUGUCGAGGGGAACUUAGAGUCUAUAGGUUAUAGAAACAAUUUAUAAUAAAGAGUUCCCAUUUCUGCAAUGGAAGCAUUUCAGUCUCAAAACAUUAUAAAAUCCCUUACAAAGGAACUUAAAGCAGGACGCUAGACCACUUUUGAUAUACAGUGACAAUAUUAGUCCCGAUUCAAUAAUCCUAUGUUGUUAAUAUCUGACUUUAUGACAAAUUAUCCUAAAAUGAUCCCAAAAUAACUACGGAUAUGCCUUGAUUUUUCGGUUUUCAUGUGGAUUUCUUGAGGAACGAUCAAAUAUCAAACAUUUUUUAUUUAUAGUGACUAAUUAUAGAGAACGGUGUAAUCAUACAGAAUUUCAAACCUUUUCUGCAGUUAACUUAUAUUUCUUACUAAGUUCUUAUAUCAACAUUCUAUUCCAAGUCUAAUAUUCAUUAUUUCUAUUUGGUCAAGCAUUAGUUUAACUAGGACCAACUUAAAGAUAAAGACUCUUCUUUAAGCUACAAAAUUCAUAGAAUUAGUCAUGAUAUGACAUUUAAAGAGAUAAUUGUACUCGUAGAACCGUCGGUUGAGAAUUGCAUACAUUUUAAUGUAUUGAAUGAAACAAUGUUCCGAAAGGGUAUAGCGCCUAAAACUGUGCAUAGGGAAGAGCUUUUUGUUUACUUACGGAAAAUUUAGUUAUACGCCUCAGUUAUGCUUAUCUUGGAUCAUAGCAAGGAGAAGAUCAUGAAUAUGGAUAAUAGAAUCUGUAGCGCAGCACUAAUUUUUGUAGGCGUAACUUUCUAUAUAAAGGUUUCAGAGAGACAUAUCACAGAGACUUAGAGGACAGAUACUAAAUUAAAAUUAUAUAUAUUACCGAAAAUAUGCAAAUAGCCAUGUUUUAUCGAUGCAUGGUUGUAUACUAGUAUAGACAAGCUCUCUUAUGAAAAGGCGAACAAAAUAAUACUAGGUAAUGCAACUCGGUUAUUUUCUCAAAGCGCGAAGGGAAGAGUGAUUAAGUUUUAGAGGUUAGAUGCUUAGAUAGAUACCACUGAUGUUAAAUACUAUCAUCAAAGAUUUUUAAUACGAGUUGUGGAUUAUUUUAUCACUCGAUUAGAAUAUGGCUUAUAUUAGAACUGAAAUUGUGCUUCUGGCAACCUUGCAAACGAUUUUUAAGUCAUUUAAGAAAUUUUCGAUAAUUCCAAUUGAAGAAAAAAUAAAUAUAUCUUGCACUUGAAGAAAAGACAGCAGUUUUUAUAAAAUUAUAGCAACUUAAAAUUUUGAUCUCGUUUAUGUUUAUAGUCUUUAAAUAAGAGUUUACGUUUUUACUGCUUUUUUAAUGUUCUAUAUCCUAAGUAAAAGCCACAAAUGCAUUAAGCCGUAAAGAAUUUGUUGUAGAAAAGCAUUUUAUUCAAAUAAUUUAGUAUUUCCGUAUGCAGACAAACGAAAAAAUGAACAAUAAAUUAUAUUAAAAGGCAAGAAACGACAGCACAACAACAAUAAAAACACUCAUAACUAAUAAAACUCUACAACAACAAAUAAAGCAAAAAUAGAAAACCAAAAGACAGCGAAAACAAUAAACAUAAAACCUAACAGAGGAAACCGAAAAAACAACAACAACAACGCAUACAACUAAAAAAAGAAGAAACAAAAAUAAAAAUAAAAACAGCAGGCAAAAUAUUAUAAAAUAAAAGCAGUGGGCGCAUGCGCACACACGCUGCAUAUUAAAUCAAAUCAAAUACAACUAAAAUAUAUUAAAAAACAAAAACAAAAAACAAAUAUAAUAACUACAACAACAAUACAAAAAACAUUAUACAUACAUACAUAGAAACAAUAAAAAAAAUUUUGAAAUACAUUUUUGUAAUAGGUGAGAUAAAGUAUACAUACAUAUGAAGAGGUGGAUGACAAGGAGGAGGCGAAGAAAAAGCCACAAAGUGGGUGAAAAAGGCAUACACAGAAAGGACGUGCAAUUAUAAAGAAAAGCGAAAGCAACUGGAGCUGUUGGAGUGGGUGCGAGAAAGAGAAAAGUAGAGAGCAAGAACGAGAGAGUAUGAAAGACACAACAACGCCAGUUGGAGAGGCCCCCGCCCCGGUAAAAUUGUUUAAAAUAUAAAAAAUAUAUACAUACAUACAAACAAACAAAUAGCAGAUGAAGCGUACAUAUUUUUUCACCAUUUUAAAUUACAACAAAAGCAGCAACAACAACAAAAAAAACAAAACAAACAAUAUUAAUUACAAACUUAAGCAAAUUCAUGUAAAGAACAGUGUGAAGACAUACAUAAUUGGAAAUAGUAAUAAUUAAGUAAGAAGCAGAAAAUGGUAAAGUGGAAAAUGCAAAAAUACAAACAAAAAAAUAAAGCGGAAAUAGAGAAAGAAAGUAUACAAAAAAUAAAAACAAAACAAAAAACAAGAAACAGUUAAUUAAAAGGGCGAAGGAAAACAGAAAAAACAAUUAAGGCAAAUGGGGACUUUAUAUUAGAAUAAAAGUAAAAAAUACAAAAAACAAAUAAAAAUAAAAACAACAACAAAAAACAAAAACAAUUUGUAAAUAUUGUAUUUGUGCAGUAAAAAAAAAUAAUAGAAAUAAAAAUAGCAUACCGAAAAAUAAUAACAAAAAAAUCAGCAGAAAAAAUACAGAAAACAACAAUAAAAAUGUAAGAAAACUAGUGAAAGAAGAAAUAGACAUACAAACAAGCAACUCAAAACGAAAAGUAAAAUAAAAAGCUGAAGAGAGAAAUACAACAAAGCAAAAAGAAAUUUAAAAAAUAAUACAAAAAAUUCAAAAAUGAAAAAACAACAACAACAAAACUGCAGUUAUAUAUACACAAAAACAAAACAAUAACAAUUUAGUAACGAAACUCAAUGUAUUUUAAAUAAAUGGCAUACAAAGAAUGAAUGGCAAUUGUCUUACAACGUCUAAUAGCGUAGUAAUAUGUAUGUAAUAGUAUGAGUAAGGGACAGAGAACAAGAGCAAAAGCAAAAGCAAAAAAAGCAAAAACAUACAACAAACAACAAAUGAAAGCAGCGAAAUAAAUUACAAAUAUUUAUAAAAAAAAAACAAGAAAAAAUCAGAACAGCAAACAGGUGAGCAAAAAUAAAUAAAAUAACAAUUGCUACAAAAACAACAACAAGCAAAAAAUUACAAAAAAAUAUUACAACAAAAAAAAAAUAAUGCAAAAACAACAACAAUAAAAAGGCCCACUAGGACUUUGUACAAUUUUAUACAGUAAACGAACCUAAGAAAAUUUGCAGCCAGAAAAAUAGACUAGCAUCUCAAGACAGCGAAAACAGCCCACAUACGAAAAAUUGUCAUAAACACACACACAAGCACACACGCAAUCAUAUACGCAAAUUGCUAUGGACCAACAACAAAUAC